AUGUUAGUUUAUCCACCAAAAGGAGGAGUCAAUAGGGGCUAAAUAAUACCGUUGAAAUGCUGCUGCCCCCCUGAUUGUUAAUGCAAAUCUUCAGAAGUACGAGAUUGGCAUCAUAAAGAAUGUUCUGAGUAAUCUUUUAUCAGUUAAUAUGGUGAUAUAUUUUGUAAAAAUCACUUAAACAAAUGUGGUGGGUAUUUCAUUAAAGAUGCUUCUUUUUAAUGCGCUGCAUCUAGAUAAGCCAACACUUGGAAUUAAUUUAGAGCAGCUUCAUAAUUUUUAAUGGCAUUAGCCUAAGGUGUCCAAGCUGCUGAAAUUACCCUUGUUUAAGGCAAUGCAGUAGUCAACUUUAUAGCUAGUUUAAAUUCAGAAGUAGUAAGGAGAUGGCAUUAAUGA